AUGGGAAGAUUGGUGCGGCUUUCAGUACUUGUGGUGCUAGCGUCGUUACACACCUCUGUCUGCGCAGAGGAGCUAGCAAUGCAAUGUCCCGCUACAGGAUCGUGCGAAGAAGCCUCAACAACGCACGACGUGCUCGAGCCUCCAACCAUCGACAUCUCUCCGCUAGUCAACACAAACCAGCACUCCGCCGGGGAAUGGGAUGCAGCAGCAGAGGCUGUGGCGAGGGCUUGCGAGCAGUGGGGUUUCUUUCAGGUUUUGAACCAUGGCAUUCCGCAGGCGUUGUUGGAUGACGUCGUCUCGAAGGGGAGGGAGUUGUUUUCGUUGCCCAAGACAGAAAAGGCCAAGUUCAAGCGCACAGAGACCAACGCCCGCGGUUGGUACGACGACGAGUUAACGAAGCAGACCAGAGACUGGAAAGAAGGGUUCGAUGUCGGGCAUGUCCCCGAGCCAGACAAACCGCCAGACCACCCGUCGAACGUCGUGGCCGAGGGGUAUAACCAGUGGCCGGGUGAGAGCGUGCCGUCGUUCAAGGAGACCAUCGACGAGUUCUACUCAAGCGCCGCGCUAGUCGCUCAGCGCCUGCUCGAAGGCAUAGCGUCGCACCUCGGCCUCCCCCGGGGACACUUCGCGCCCUCUUUUGAGCCGCACACGUCCUACCUGCGGCUGAACUACUACCCCCAGUGCCCGGAGCCUUCGACCCUCUCCGUCAACCGGCACACCGACGCAGGCGCCCUGACGGUGUUGCUGCAGGAGAAAGGCACAACCGCGCUGCAGGUGAACCAUAAGGGCACGGAACGAUGGGUUUCCAUCCCUCCGGUGGACGGCGCGAUGACCAUCAACGUGGGGGACAUGCUUCAGGUGUGGACGAAUGACCUUUUCGUCGCACCAGAGCAUCGGGUGCUCAGCCAGAAGGACCGCGACCGGUUCUCGGCACCGUUCUUUUACAACCCGGCGUAUCACGCCGACAUCGCCCCGUUGCCGAUAGAAGGAGAGCGGAAGGCCGAUGACCAAGCGACUGCGGCGGGCGGCCUGGCGGGGCAGGGGAAGGGGCGCUACCGGCCCGUCAACUGGGGCGAGUUCCGGCUGCGGCGAUUCGCGGGAGACUAUUCCAACCAGGGCGAGGAGGUCCAGAUUUCCCACUACCGACUCGACGCGUAGCAGUGGCAUCUACAGACGCCGGAAUCAAACCAUUAGAAUCGUCAGCGCUGAUU